CUACUGCGCGGCCGUCCCCAUCUCCGCCUUCCCGCUAGCGCCGACCCUAGCGAUGGCCGAGGACGAGGCGCCGGCGCUCGAGGCACCGCCGCAGCUCCACACCCUCGCCUCCACCGCCUCGGCGGUCAUGCCGGCCCUGCCCCUCGCUGGGGCGGGCGUCCCGCUCGUGCACGCAAUUCCGCUCGAGCGGCCUCCGCAGGCUGCUCCGAGCGCCGUGCCGCCGCCGCCCGUGGUCGCCUCCACGGUCGCCCCGGCGCCCCGCCCCGCCCCGCCCCGCCCCGCCGUCGUCGCCUCCCGCCUCGCGCUGCUGGCCAGCCAGGCCGCGCUGCCGCCCGCGGCGGCUCCCACGCCAUCAGCCGGGCUGGAGAACUCCAUCGCGGACGUGAUGGUGAAUCGGGGGCCGGCGGCGGCCAAGGGCGAGGGCGGGCACACCUGCGAGCUCUGCGGCGCCGUGUUCGCGCAGUCGAGGUACCUGGCGGACCACCGGCGCACGCACUCCCAGAUUCGGCCACACAAGUGCGACCAGUGCGACGCCGCCUUCAAGCGCUCCGGCGCCCUCACUGAGCACAAGCGUAUCCACACGGGCGAGAAGCCCUUCAAGUGCGACCGGUGCGACGCCGCCUUUGCGCAAGCCGGCCACCUCGCGCGGCACAAGCGGACGCACCUGAAGCGCGACGGCGGCAACGAGGAGACGUCGGGCCUUCACAAGCGCGCGCGCAACGUCCUCGUCGGACUCGGCCGGCGCGUAUACGAGUGCGACCAGUGCGACGAGGCGUUCCUCAACCCGGCGGCGCUCGCGACGCACAUGAGAGUGCACGACACCGUCAGGGAGCACACGUGCGACCUCUGCGGAAAGGCUUUCCUCGAGUCGAGUGCGCUGGCCAUCCACAAGAAAUGGACGCACGGCGUGGAGGCUCAGGCAUGAGGCUCGGUCGGCAUGUUCGAGCAUGAAGGCGUCGAGGGGACAUCGCCCGGCGCGAAGGGUGGCGGGAAGAAUGGUCUAUUCCUAGCGCUCGCCGCUGCCUGCAUCUUGUGUCGAGUGGGGUCAGCAGAAGUUAGGGUCAGGGCGGGGGAUGGUGCAUGAGUCGGGGCGACGCGGUCGCUGCAUGGGGGUUCGAAGUAUUUAUUGCGCGCCGGAGGCAGUAGGCAAGUCGGGGCUAGCCUGUGGCUUGCAUGUGGGUUCGAUAAUUUAUUGGGGUUCGUCUAGGCUCUAGCUGAGCUCUUGCUUUAAAAAAAUGUAAAUUGG